UACGCUAUAGAUUCUUUGACGGAUUACAGUCUCAGCAACCUCCAGUUCGAGAAGAAUGAUGGCUAAGAGACUUAAACUAGACUUUUCACCAUCCUGGAAAGGAACUGGCUGCCAGUACUUGGAGUUUUUUUAAUACUCUACCUCCCUCUGCUGUUAUCAGUGAGAAGUUCCUUGACAAUGGGAAAUCAUGUACUUGCGGCUUCAAUUUCCAUGCUCUCGCUGCUGGCAAUGAUGGGAGACACGGACAGUAAAACAGACAGUUCCUUCAUGAUCGAUUCCGACCCCAGCCGCUGUAUGAGGCAUCACUACGUCGAUUCCAUUAGCCACCCCCUGUACAAGUGUAGCUCAAAGAUGGUGCUGCUGGCUCGCUGUGAAGGGCGCUGCAGCCAGAUGUCACGCUCAGAGCCAAUGGUUUCUUUCAGCACCGUCCUGAAGCAACCUUUCCGCUCCACCUGCCACUGCUGCAGGCCCCAGACCUCCAAGCUGAAGGCCAUGCGGUUGCGAUGCUCGGGGGGCAUGCGGCUCACCGCCACCUACCGCUACAUCCUUUCCUGCCACUGCGAGGAGUGCAACUCCUAGGGAUGUACCUGCCACAGC